AUGAACAUGAGUUCACCGUCUUCAUGUUUUCAUAAUUUGCUGGAACGAAACGUGGUCGAAUAUACUGAAAUGAAGGAAUUACAUUUCGCAAUGCUCACGUUGAAGUUUCCCGUGCAUCAGAACAGUACAGACCUGUUCAAGAUGGAGGUAGAUGGGUGCUCCCACGACGAACUGUAUUUUCUACCUAAACUGCACAGAGAUGAUUUGCUGACGUUGUUAGAACUUUACAGGUUCUUUGUACAUGUGGCCAAAAAAUCAAAUGCCACAUUUUAUCUAUCAGGAGGAUCGUUGAUUGGACAAGUUCGACACGACAAACGACUUAUCCCGUGGGACGAUGACAUUGAUGUCGUCAUCUCACAAGAUGAUCUUCAUAUUUUUACAGUUACAUUUGGUGAAGAAGUUGAAAGAUUUAAUCGUACAACAAAAACGUUCAAAUUAACUGAACCAAAAUUUAACUAUUAUUAUGAUGGAAUGUACAAACUUUAUGAUUCUGUGAACUUCACAAAGGUAUACGAUCUCUACAACUUUCCGUUCGUGGACGUGUUUGUAUUUGUAAAAUCUGGAACAGUUGUAAUUGAUGAAGAUAAAUCAUCUUAUAAACAAAUUCUCAAUUCUGAUGUUAUAUUUCCACUGAUCAGAGACAAAUUUUUAGGUGAAGAAAUUUACUUACCUUAUAACGUAUCUGAAUAUUUAUCUUGUAAGUCGUUUAUGAACUUGUGUCAGUCCAGAAAAUACUUCCACAAAUAUGAUCACAAUUUACGUAAUCGUAAAAGUAUCACCAAAAACUGUGGUGAUCUUGAAUUUAUCAGUUUUUACAAAUACAUUUAA